UUAGUCUUUUGUUUUAUAUUGUAGGUUAGACUGAACACGCGAGUGAUUGUUUACUUCUGUUUUGUUGUUUUGUGCUUUAUUUUCUUUGAAUAAAGUAAUGUCUAUUGAGAAGAAUUCUGUAAUGCAGAAGAAGAGAAAUAAAAACAAGAAAAAGAUUAAUGCAAAUCAAGAUGGACCAAGUAAUGAGAGCCCUGAUAAAUCAAACGUUCAAAACGGAUCAGUUGCUGGAUUGUCUGGCCCAUUAAUAGGACAAAAGAGAAAAUUGGAAGGACAGAAAAUGGAAGUGUUGAACAGGAAAAAGAAAAAGAAACUUAGACAUGUUCCCGAAACCAUUAAUGAAGAGGAAGAUGAGGAAGAAAACAUAACAAGUGAAUCCUCAGAGAAUACCAACAUUCCAGAGCCAGUCAUGAAAAAGAAGAAGCAAAAGAAGAAAACACAGCUAACAGAAACUGCAGAGAAUGAAAAUAGUGGCAAAUUAAACGAGAGUAGCGAUAGUAAAGAGAAUAAUACAGAUGUCAAAGAAGCUCAAAGCAAUGACGUAUCCAUCCAAUUGCCUGGUUCCAAUAUCACAUUGGAUCUGCUGCUGAAGGACUCCUCGUUCUCUGCGCUGGAGGGUCGGGUUAGUGAGGAGACUCUAAAGGCUGUAGAGGAGAUGGGGUUCACCAAGAUGACAGAGAUACAGGCCAAGGCCAUCCCACCGCUACUAGAGGGUCGAGACGUUGUGGCUUCUGCAAAGACCGGCUCCGGCAAGACCCUUGCCUUCCUGAUUCCUGCUAUAGAACUUGUACACAAGCUACAGUUCAUGCCUAGAAAUGGAGUUGGAUGUAUCAUCAUCUCCCCCACCAGAGAACUGUCCAUGCAGACGUUUGGCGUGUUGAAGGAGCUGAUGACCCACCAUCACCUCACCUAUGGCCUUAUAAUGGGUGGUGCCAGCAGGUCCACCGAGGCACAGAAACUGGCUAAAGGUAUCAACAUCUUAGUGGCCACCCCAGGACGCCUGCUGGACCAUCUUCAGAACACUCCAGAUUUCCUGUACAAGAACCUGCAGUGCUUGGUGAUUGACGAGGCUGACAGGAUCCUGCAGAUCGGCUUUGAGGAAGACAUGAAACAGAUCAUCAACCUUCUACCCAAGAAGCGGCAGACUAUGCUGUUCAGUGCUACCACCACUUCCAAGACAGAGGCCCUGACAAGGCUAGCCCUCAAGAAGGAGCCUGUGUACGUGGGGGUGGACGACAAAACUGAGGCUGCCACGGUCGAUGGACUGGAGCAAGGCUAUGUUAUCUGCCCGUCGGAGAAAAGGUUUAUGCUGCUCUUCACCUUUUUGAAGAAGAACCGUAAGAAGAAGGUGAUGGUCUUCUUCAGCUCAUGUCUCUCAGUGCAGUUCCAUCAUGAACUGCUCAACUUCAUCGAUCUCCAUUGCAUGUGCAUUCACGGUAAACAAAAGCAGAUGAAGCGUACAACAACGUUCUUUGAAUUCUGCAAUGCAUCGGAAGGCAUCCUGCUUUGUACAGACGUUGCAGCUCGAGGGUUGGACAUCCCUGAUGUGGACUGGAUUGUGCAGUAUGAUCCUCCAGAUGAUCCUAAGGAAUACAUUCACCGAGUGGGGAGGACAGCCAGGGGGGCCAACGGCAAAGGCCACGCUCUCCUGAUACUGCGACCAGAAGAGCUGGGCUUCCUGCGCUACUUGAAGCAGGCUCGGAUCCCUCUCAAUGAGUUUGAGGUUGCUAGCAAUAAGAUUGCUGACAUCCAAUUACAAUUGGAGAAGCUGAUAUCUAAGAACUACUUCCUCAACAAGUCAGCCAAGGAGGCGUUCAAGUCGUAUGUGAGGGCUUAUGACUCUCACCACCUGAAGCUAAUCUUCGAUGUCUCUACACUGGAUCUCGCUCAGGUCGCCAAGUCCUUCGGGUUCACCGUCCCGCCUGCCGUCGACUUGCAAGUGACUAACAGCAAGAACUCGAGGCCUCGGAAGCGGACAGGAGGAGGAGGUUUCGGUUUCUACAAGAAUAUCAACCGAGAGAGCAAGCCCCAUCAGAACAUCAAGUACCUGCAGCCUAAGCGAUGAAGCCUUCAGCCUUGCAUUGUUUUAUAUACAUAAAAUAAUAUACGUUUACAAGUGUUAUAUUUUA